GGGAUCCUCCAGCAUGGAGGUAUGGGUCGUCACCCAUCCUACGAAACUCUCGGAACCUCUUUACCAACGCGGCCUUAGCUUGGUGGAUGAUGACUCUGUGGCCCGCAUUAAGCGGUUCUUCCGCAGAGAGGACUCUUGUCGCUGCCUCAUUGGUAGACUGCUCCCUCGAGUGCUCCUCAGCGAGCGAGGCGUCCCCGCCAAGUCCAUAACAUUCGACAAAACGGACGCUGGCAAACCGUACUUUACAACGCCAGAUCUCAACCCCCGCCUUGCCUUCAACGUAUCUCAUGACAAUGAACUCGUGGCCAUGGUCCUCGGCCCACUGGACUCGAAUACCGACGUGCAUGGCGAUGGCGAUUCUGCGCGAGCCGGUCGUCUCGGCGUCGACAUCAUGAAGUGUCAACUCCCGCUGCGAGUGCCCUUUCGCAGCUUUGUACGCACCGUAGGAGAGGCGCUGACCCCCUCCGAAUCCGCCUUCCUCCUCGAUCCAUCCAAGCCAACACACGAAGCGCUAAAGACCUUCUACCAAAUCUGGACGCUCAAAGAAGCAUACACGAAAGCGCUCGGACUUGGGCUCGGUUUCGAUUUCGCUCGGAUCGAAUGCGUUAGCGUCGAUGGGACGUUCACUGUGGAUGGGAAGGUACCUAGAGGUUGGGAGGUGAGUCUGUUUGAGGUUGAGGUGGUGGGGAGUGGGGUGUAUGUUGGUGUGGCGGCUCAGUGCACCGGUGGGGACGGGGAGACUGUGACGAGGACGGUGGGUUCGGAGGGAGAGGGAGAGGGAGGGUGUAAAGUCGUUGAGAUUGAGGCGGGGAUGUUUUUGAGGAGGGCGGUGAGGACGUUGACGGGGGAAGAGUGUACCGUUUAG